ACCGCGCACGUUCGCAGAAUAUUCUGGGUAUUUGGUGAGGCUUUCCAGGACGGCUAGCAUGAGGCGAGGAGACUUCAUUCAUUGUCCGCCCACACUGAUAUUUGUUUGAAACUUAAAACUCUAUAAAAAACGGAACAAUGACACUCACACCUCUCGUUUACUGGGCUCAACGCCAUGAAGAGAUUUACCUGCGAGUGGAACUGACAGACGCUCAGAAUAUUGAUGUCCAUGUACACGAAAAAGUGCUUCAGUUUAGAGCCCAGGGCCAUGGUGCAAAAGGACAAAACGAGUACAAGUUCAGCUUGGAGUUUCUUUUACCAGUAAAGCCAGAGGUGAGCCAUAAGUCCACGCAGCGGCAGGUGAAUAUUACAGUGCGGAAAGAGCAGCGAGGUUGGUGGGAAAGACUGGCGGCACAGGAGCGUAAACCAGUCUUCCUGGUACCUGAUUUUGACCGCUGGCUGGACGAAUCUGACGCUGAGAUGGAGAUCCGGGAAAAGGAGGAGAAAAGGAACAGGCUGAAGGCUUCAAGGCAUAAAGAGGAAGGGUUUGUCAGCCUGAAAACUGGAUUUUUGUUUGUAUAUAACCUGGUACAGUUUCUUGGUUUUUCAUGGAUCUUUGUCAACAUGACUGUGCGGCUCUUUAUCUUUGGCGAAGAUUCCCUCUACGACACGUUUCACACCAUAUCAGACGUGAUGUUCUUCUGCCAGAUCCUGGCAGCAGUAGAGGUCCUCAAUGCUGCUUUUGGUGUAGUCCGGACAGGUGUUAUUCCUACUCUUAUACAGGUGGUUGGAAGGAAUUUUAUCCUCUUCAUCAUUUUUGGUAGUUUGGAGGAAAUGCACAACCAGGUAGUUGUGUUCUUCGUUUUCUAUCUGUGGAGCGCCAUUGAGAUUUUUAGGUAUCCAUUUUACAUGCUGGGCUGUUUCAAUACAGAGUGGGAAACUCUCACAUGGCUGCGGUACACAAUCUGGAUACCACUGUACCCAUUAGGUGUUAUAUCUGAAGCUGUUGCUGUGAUACAAUCUAUUCCCAUCUUUGACAAGACCAAACUCUUCAGCAUUCCUCUACCAAAGGCCGUUGGUACUUCUAUCAGCUUCUCAUACUUCCUGCACAUCUAUCUUGUUCUCAUGUUUCUAGGACUUUUUAUCAACUUCCGUCAUCUUUACAAGCAGAGGAAGAGGCUUUUCUGUACCAAGAAGAGGAAAGCAAAUUGAGAUUCAGCACCAACAACACUCAAACACCUUUGCUGCCUGCUUGUUUUAAAAUGAAAAUGUUUUAAAUGAUCAUCAUUAACCAUGCUCCAGUCAAAUCACUUCUAGUAUUUGUUAUGAAGAAGUUAUUUUUCUUUUCCUUUGCUUUCACUAAAAUAAUUUCAUUUAUGGUCAACAUGAACAAGAUGAUGCAAUAUUGAAAGUCUCAUUUACUGGUGAUUUGAGUUCUUAGAUGUAUUUUGUAGAUUAGUGAAGAGCUGUACUAAGCCAUAUAACUUGAUAUACUUUGUGAUACUGUGUUUAUUUUUCCUUUUAAGUUUUUUUUUUUCUGAAUGGAUUGCGACAGGCACUGAUGAUGAAACCCUGCUGUCGUCAUUUCAUACUAAUUUGUGUACGAAUGAAGAGAGACAACAUUCUCAACAAAUACUGUAUUUGUUAUCAUUCCAGAUUUCUAAACCGUCCCACAAACCUCAGGGAAAAUUAUACUGGUGACUGGUGACUAAAAUUCAGAGAACAUUUUGUGUCCCUUAUGCUCAGUAUUUACCUGCUAUGAAGAAUUCAAAUGCCAACAUUUCCCAGGUUUCCUGUACAUGCGGCAGUUAUUUGACACUGAAUAAAAAUGAAAUUUAAAUCUAGUCAAUUUGUGAAAAAGAU